AUGGACACUGAACGGCCGCCCCUUCUGUGGACGCCUGAGAUAGCACUUCGUUCCAAACAGCAGGUGGUGGAGGAAGAUUGGAAAGCUCCUGAUCAGGAGGCGGCAUGGCUGAAAAGUCACGAACGCCGCUCAGCACCGGCUCCUGCGAACUUGAAGGAAUGGACUACGUUGAAAUCGCAUGACGUGACGCUUCUUUACCAAGCGCGUUCCACUCCGCCCAUUCCGUCCCUAGAGGAAAUCCUCGGCACUACUGAAAAGAAUUGUCUUAAUACAAAGAUUGGACUGCAUAAAGAGGCUGAGAACCUGCUUUUCCUUGCGCAAAAUCGCCCUGAUCUGCACAUACCUACCGUAUUAGCGGUCUGGUCGAUCCCGGGAGAGUUUCGCGUGGUCUAUUGCUUCAUGAUGAAUUUCAUUGAAGGUAUCAUGAUGUCGGACGAAAAGUUCGCAGAACUACCUAUACACGCACAGGAUACUAUAUGCGCGAAAAUUUCGUCGCAAAUUCGUUACCUCCGUGAACUUCCAUCUGAGGAAGGAUAUUACGGACGAGCUCAUGGACAAGGCUGGUUGUGCGCGCCGCCAGGCCUAGAGACAAACACAAGUGCAUCCCGCGCUGUUGUUGGGCCAUACAAAACCUACGAAGAAUACUGCGCAGCCAUGUACCGUGCUUUGCAAUUGCAGCGUGCGAUUGGCUCUGCUGGGAUAGAGUGGGCCCCAAAUCAACCGAGAUCACUGGCUGAGUUCACGUCUGUGUUCCCAGGCUGGGAACCCCACGAACCAAAGUACACAUGGAUAGACCCAUCAAUCAGGAACGUAAUUGCUCGACAGACCAAAACCAAAGAGUAUGACGGAAUUGAAGACUGGGAGGUAUUCCUGAUCGACUGGGAAUACUCCGGGUGGUACCCUGCUUGGCUUCAAGGGAUGCAAAUUAAUCGCCGUGGCAAACUCGUACCGAUUAUGUUGAAGGAGUUCGACCCCGAACCGGACAAGGAGAGGCUAGCAAUUCUUGGCCGGUUACAAUGGAGAUUUUUCUAG